GUUGUUUUUCUGAUUUUAUGAAGGUUUGUAAGCGGUUUAUGUGUGUGAUUUCUUGUUAAUUUUCAGGAAACAGUAUCAGCACAGACCACCAAUACCGUGUUGAAAGGCCUGACCCCCGACACCCUCUACACUGUUUCACUGGUGCCUGUUUAUGCUGCAGGAGAUGGACAGAAAAUGUCUGAAAAUGGAAAAACAAUGCCUCUGGGCGGAGGCAAAAACCUGCAGGUGUUGAACCCGACCAUGACCACCCUGGACGUCCAAUGGGAGCCCGCCGAGGGUCAGGUGACAGAGUACAGAGUCAUAUAUGUUCCUGCUGCCGGAGGAGAGGAGAAAAUGGAAAAAGCUCCAUCAGGCACCACCAGCACCGUGUUGAAAGGCCUGACCCCCGACACCCUCUACACAGUUUCACUGGUGCCUGUUUACGCCGCAGGGAGACGGACAGAAAAUGUCUGAAAACGGAAAGACAAAGCCCCUUGGUGGAGUGAAGAACCUGCAGGUGCUGAACCCCACCAUGACCACCCUGACCGUCCGCUGGGAGCCCGCCGAGGGUCAAGUUAACGAGUAUAAAGUCAUUUAUGCUCCUGCUGCCGGAGGAGACGAGAGU